AUGACAACAACAUCUAAUCGACCCGAUGCUGAAGUUGAAGCUGAUUUUAAUGCACGAGCAAGUCAAUUAGAAAGUUCUUUAAAUGAACUUGAAACAUUUCUUUCUCGACUUGAUUCCGUAUCAUAUACAGCACUGCACGAAAAUCUUACGCCACUUGAUCAAGCUCGUUUUGAUUUAACUGCUGCUUAUACGCUCAACUCAUUAAUGUGGGCUUAUUUAAGAACACGUGGCGUUGAUCCAAAACAAACACAACUAAAAAGUGAAUUAGAUCGAGUGAAAUCUUAUAUGGAUAAGUUAAAAUCAGUUGUUGAUAGACAAACAGCAGCACGAAUCGAUAAGCAAGCAACAACAAGACUUAUGCGAAAUGCAUUAUGGGAACAAGCACAUUCAAAAAAUAAAAGAAUGAAAAAAGAUGAUCAACAGACAGACUAA